AUGCCGCAGGACUUUAUCCAUGUCAAGGGCGCCCGGGAACACAACCUCAAGAAUGUAGAGGUAACCAUUCCCCGAGACAAGCUGGUAGUUAUCACCGGCGUGUCCGGCUCCGGCAAAAGCUCCCUGGCUUUCGACACCAUCUACGCUGAAGGACAGAGGCGGUACGUUGAAUCCUUGUCCGCCUACGCUCGCCAGUUCCUGGGCCGCAUGGACAAGCCCGACGUGGACUACAUUGAGGGUCUUUCCCCGGCAAUAUCCAUUGACCAGAAAGGCGUCUCCCACAACCCCCGUUCCACGGUAGGCACCGUAACCGAGAUUUACGACUACCUGCGGCUCCUUUUUGCCCGCGUGGGCAAGCCCCACUGUCCCAAGUGCGGCCGGCCCGUGGAGAGGCAGACCAUCCAGCAGAUUGUUGACGCUAUCCUGUCCCUUGCCGAAGACAGCCGCAUUACUCUGCUGGCCCCCAAGGUGCGCCGCAAGAAGGGCGAGCACAAGGACAUUCUCGAGGCCGCCCGUCGCGCCGGUUUCGUCCGCAUCAGGGUGAAUGGCGAAAUCCUGAUGCUGGAGGAAACGGAAACCCUCAACCUCGAUAAGCAGAAGUGGCAUUACAUCGAACUGGUGGUGGACCGGAUCGUCAUCCGGCCAGAUAUCGAAUUAAGCCGCGUUUCCGAGUCAGUCGAAGCUGCCCUCCGGGAAGGUGAAGGCGUCUUGCAAGUCCUGCGGCAGCCCCGGGAAGAGGGCGCCAAGGAAGAAGAGCUUGUCUAUUCCGAGCAGUUUGCCUGUGUCCGCUGCGGCACCAGCCUGCCCGAAAUCGAGCCUCGCACCUUCAGCUUCAACAGCCCCCACGGCGCCUGCCCCCAGUGCACCGGCCUUGGCUUCAAGCUGGAAGUGGACCCCAACCUGGUCAUUCCCAACAGGAAUCUCUCUUUGCUGGAAGGGGCAGUGGUAGCCUGGAACCGCACCGGAGCGUCCUCUGGCUGGUACAUGAGCAUGAUGGAGUCUGUGGCCCGCGCCCACGACUUUUCUCCACAAGUUCCGGUCAAAGAUCUGGACGAGGAGCACCUGAAGGUUAUUCUCUACGGGGUCAAAGGCAAGAAAGUUACCAUCCGGCACCGCACCCACAACGGCCGGACCUACAGUUGGGAAACCCGGUUUGAAGGUGUCAUACCCAACCUGGAACGCCGGUACCGGGAGACCGAAUCCGACCACACCCGCCAGGACAUUGAGCGGUACAUGACCGCCCGCCCUUGCCAGGCCUGCAAGGGCCAGCGUCUCAAGCCCGAGGCACUGGGAGUCAAGGUUUGCGACCUCAGCAUCAUGGAAGUUACCGCCAUGAAUAUUGCCCAGGGCGUCGAGUGGGUAAGAACCAUAGACCCGGAUGCCCCCGGAGAGCAUUCGGAUGAGGUGCUGUCCCCUCGGGACAAGUCCAUCGCCAACCAGAUACUCAAGGAAAUUGACGGUCGCCUGCGUUUCCUUGACGGCAUCGGCCUGGACUACGUGACCAUGAGCCGUACGGCCCGGACCCUUUCCGGCGGCGAGGCCCAACGGGUGCGACUGGCAACCCAAUUGGCUCCGGCCUUACGGGCGUCCUGUACGUUUGUGACGAGCCCACGGUGGGUCUGCAUCCCCACGACGAUCACCGACUCAUUGACACCCUCACCCGCCUGCGGGACAUGGGCAAUACGGUGA